UUCAAGCAAUCCAUUCCUCAGCUGUUCCUUGUGUCCCUUUUAACCGCAUAUCUUCUCGUCGGUGCGGUUAUUUUCCAAUCCAUUGAUCAAGAGCUUGCCAAAUGUUCAUUUCUGGAUGUAAUUCAGUUUGAGUUCGGAACGCUGACCACAAUAGGUUACGGUAACAUUAGCCCUACGACUGAUUCGUCUCGAAUGUUCUGUAUACUGUAUUCGAUUCUCGGUAUUCCUCUAAUACUCCUUACGAUGGCAAAUUUCGGAAAGUUCAUGACGAAAGGAUUCUGGUAUUUGAUGUAUCUUUGCAAGCUGUUUAACGGCACUCCAUUUCAGCCCGUGGCUCGUUCCAAGCUGAGUACUGAUGCUAAUAUGCCAUUGCCCAUCAUUCUUCUUCUGUUCGCCUGCACAUUUUACUUUGGAUCCAGGUUUAUUCAUCACACAGGUGUUCGACAUAGUGUAGAUGAUGUGUACUUCAGCUUCAUCAGCUUCACAACUGUUGGUUUUGGCGAUACGUUGCCUGUGACGGAUAGCAUUGGCCGAUUGUGUUUCAUGUUGCUCUAUUUGACUUGGGGAAUUAUGCUUACGACGGCUCUUUUCGGUGUGCUCAAUCAAUAUUUGAGGAAGUUGCCAUUGAGACUAAAGAGAGCUCAAUUACGUUUCACAGGUGCACGUGACGUUCCGGUUUGGAUGGGUGGUCAGUGUAUUACAGUGUCACAAUUGUUGCAAAUCGUCGCCAACGAAUUCGAUGCUUCCCCUCGCGAAGUACGUUCAAUGCUGCAGGAUUUAGAUGAAAUUAUUACUAGUGCAACUACUGAGAAGGGCGAAAACGUGCCUCUCGUCACGGACAUUGAAGAUUUUGAUGUUUACGAAUAG